CAUAUAAAAUAAAAUAAAAAUUCUAGUUGAUAUUUCGUUGUUAAAAUAAAUAUAUAUUAAUAGAAAGAAGAAGCUUCUUAUUUUUUAUUUUCGUAUUUUUAUCCAUUAUUUAAUUGUAGGUACUCUCCUCCAACUACUAAAGAGUACUGCUCUAGGAAGAAAACCCACAAUACAUUCUCUCUCUCCUCUCUCUCAGAUCUCUGAUUGAUGGUUCCUUCGCUACUACUACCAGUUUAAGAUUCUUAUUCUGUCAUCCGUAUUUGGUGAAUUUUGACGUUUGAACUUCCCAUCUAAUCUGAAUUUUCGGAAGUCUCCCUCUUUCUACAUUAGGAAAGUGAUGCGUUUGGCAUCCGAAGAAUGUUGGAUUUCGACUUCUCAAACUCUCUCUACAGUGUCUCCUAUUCUCAAUCUCAUCUGCAAAUGUAGCUGAGAACAGUGAGAGAGAGAGAGAGAGAGAGAGAGAGAGAGAGAGAGAGAGAGAGAGAUGGAAAAUCUCCUCUUUUUUUAUGGUGUCGCAUUGAAUGUUUUGUAGAGUGGUGAUGAUUUUUCAGCAUUGAUGCAUCUAGAUUUCAAUUUCGAAGAAAGUUUUUUCGACCUUUGAUUUGGUGGAAAGAUGUGGAAUUGAAGUGGGGACUAAGAAAAGAUGUUCAAAGCGGCAAGAUGGAGGAGCGAGAAGAACAAGAUCAAAGUGGUAUUCAAAUUGCAAUUCCAGGCAACACAGGUGCCUCAGAUUGGAUGGGAUGCAUUGAUGGUGUCCCUAGUUCCUGUGGAAGUUGGAAAACCAACAGUGAAAUCCGAGAAAGCUGUGACACGAGAUGGAACGUGUCGAUGGGAGAAUCCAAUUUAUGAAACAGUGAGAUUUAGCCGAGAGCCAAAAACUGGAAAGAUCAAUGAGAAAAUCUACCAAUUCCUCAUUUCGACAGGACAGUCGAAAUCUGGUUUGCUAGGAGAGGUUACCAUUGAUUUUGCAGAUUAUGCAGAGGCAACUAAACCUUCCUCUGUUUCUCUGCCCCUGAAAACUUCGAAAUCUGGCACAGUUCUUCAUGUUACGAUACACAGAAUUCAAGCAGCGGUUGAUGGAAGAGAAGCAGAAGAAAAUGGAGAUGUGGUGGUGAGAUCAAAUGGGAGGACAUUGAAGAGCCAAUUCAGCAAUUCUGAUACAGAUGGAAGCUUUAAAUCUUCUAAUGAUAUCAGCAACUCAAUUGCUACUGAAGAUGGAUUGUCUAUUUCAAGGGAAGUGCAUUUGGGCUUAUCCCAAAACAAAACCACAUCCCAUCAUGCAGAAUCGAAUGGCGUCCUCAGAGCAUCUAUUGGCAAUGACGCUGUAUCGGCUUCAAGCUUGGAUAGCAGCUCAGGACAAGAUACCUCACAAGAAUUUGGAUUGAAGAACAAUGGAAUACAGCAGGACGUUGUCAGCUUCGUAUCAUCUCUCAGCAACAAUGGUACUAUGCCUCAAAAACCAACAGCCAAUCCUGUCCGUUCAGCUUUGGACACCCAAGAGCAUAGGAGGUCGAAUACGGACUGGUCCGUCAGUUCGGCUCCAGAUGGGAGCACAGACGAAUCGACGAACAGUUCUGAAGACGCCAUUUUGAAAGAUGGGUUGCAGGGUUCAGAUGUCUCCAGUGAAAAGCUCAAGAACGAGAUUGGUGUGUUAGCAAGGCAAGCGGAAGUGUCGGAGCUGGAAUUGCAGACUCUCAGAAAGCAGAUUAUGAAGGAGAGCAGAAGAGGAGCGGAUCUCUCAAAAGAAGUCUGUAACCUGAAAGAGGAGAGAGAUGCAGCUAAGAGAGAAUGUGAAAGACUCAAGGCAGUGCAACGGGAAAUUGAUUUUGGAAAGGUUUCGAAUAAGUCACAGUUUGACAGUCAGGAUCACAAGCAUUUGCUAGAAGAAAUCAAACAGGAGCUGAAUUAUGAAAAAGAUCUUAAUGCCAAUCUCCGAUUACAGCUGCAGAAGACGCAAGAAUCCAAUUCCGAGCUGAUUCUUGCUGUGCAAGACAUGGAAGAGCUUUUGGAGAGGAAAAAUAAGGAAACGCCAUGUGUUUCCAGUAGUGAAGCAGCUGUCAGAGCAGCAGCCCAUGAGAACGGUGGCCCAUUUUUGCACCGAUCUGAAAUUAAUCGGGAAGGAUGGGGAAUGGGUUCUAAGCAUGAAUCGGAAGAUGAAGAGCAACAUGCACUGGAAGAAUUAAUUAGGGAGCGCAUUGAUGCUGAUGUAGCGUAUUCGCUCGAACAAAAGAUCAUAGACCUGUCCUGUGAAAUAGAGAUGUAUAAGAAAGAGCGGGAAGAGCUAGAGAUGCAGAUGGAACAGCUUGCACUGGAGUAUGAGAUUUUGAAGCAGGAGAAUCAUGACAUGUCUUCGAAGCUGGAGCAAAAUCGGCUGCAAGAACAACUGAAGAUGCAAUACGAAUGCUCAGCCUCUUUAGCUGUUCUAAAUGACCUCGAAAUCCAUGUUGAGAGUUUGGAGAAAGAACUCGAGAAACAGGCAGAAGCAUUUGAAGCAGACCUUGCAGCGAUGACACGUGCCAGAGUUGAGCAGGAGCAGCGGGCCAUCCAAGCAGAGGAGGCAUUGAGGAAGACAAGAUGGAAUAAUGCUAACACAGCUGAAAGGCUUCAGGAGGAAUUCCAAAGACUUUCCAUGCAAAUGGCUUCGACAUUCGAUGCGAAUGAGAAGCUGGCCAUGCAAGCAUUAACAGAAGCUAGUGAAUUGCGAUUGGAAAAGUGCCAUCUGGAGGACUUGUUGGCGAAAGCUAAUGAAGAGCUCCGAUUGAUGAAUGAUCAAUAUAAAGUAAAAAUGGAAGAGCUUUCAAAAGAGACAGACUUGAGAGCAAAACAAAUAGAUCAGCUGAUAUUGGAACUCGCAGAGAAAUCAAAGGAGAUUGAGAAUCAAAAGCAAUAUGGGGAGGAAAGUGAGAAGGCUUUCUCGGAGGAAACUUUAAUGCUUCGGACUGAGAUUGAAAAGCUGAAGGGAGAGAAAAAUGACCUUUCUGAACAGGUAGAACUAAAUGGAAAACUGAGAGCAGAGAUUGAACAGAUGAAAACAUCAAUUGACGAGAUGGAGAUGUUGUUGGAAAGAGGAAACGAGGAAAGAGAAAUACUGGAGAGGAAAGUCAAAGAAGCAGAGAAAUCGCUGAAAGAAUUAAAUGAUGUGAGACAUCUAAAGGACGAAAAGGAGAUGGUGGUUGAAAGUCUACAAUCAGAGGUGGAAACCCUUCGAGCUCAGUAUAAUGACUUGAAGCAUACCUUGUUUGAAGACGAGUUUGAAAAAGAGAACCUAAGGAAACAGGUAUUUCACCUAAGGGGCGACCUUCGGAAGAAGGAAGAUGCAAUCACAGUUAUUGAGAAAAAACUCAAGGAUAGCAGUGCAAGAGUUCCAGUUUCAGAUGGGGCUACAAAGCCAGCUUCACGGAACAAUAAAACUAGCCGAGCUCCUCCUGCCACUAAGGAAGUUUCUAAUUUGCGAGAGAAAAUCAAACUACUCGAGGGAGAGAUAAAGCAGAAGGAAGCUGCAUUUGAAAACUCAACACUUUCAUUUCUAAAGAAGGAAAAGGAUCUAUGCAAUAGAAUUGAAGAACUGGAGAAGAGUAUGGGAGAUCUCAGUCAGAAGAAUAGCCUAUGUUUCUGUGAUGACAAAUUCCAAAAGAUGCAGAAUGCCAACGAUGUUGAGAAUGGAACCAUAAAUUCUGUGAGGUCAAAAGACGGAAGAAAUAUGGAUGAAAGUUUGUUGGGGUCCGAGUUGGGGGCUAAAGAACGUAUUCCUGAUCAGAAUGGCAUUGACAGAGCACCAAUCAGAAGCACCAUCGGGACCAACUGGGAGAAAGAACCGAAAGUCUCCACUCCACAUACCAAAGAUCAAGGUGACGACACUGAAUUGUUAAGUCAAAUGGCAUUACUGAAGGAGAGAAAUGAGUCUAUGGAAAAUGAGUUGAAAGAAAUGCAAGAAAGAUACUCCGAGAUAAGCCUCAAGUUUGCAGAAGUAGAAGGUGAAAGGCAGAAGCUUGUAAUGACCAUCCGCAAUCUUAAAAAUGCUAAGAAGAACUAGUUUUUUUUAUUCAUUAAGAUUCCAUACAUUAGAUAGUGUGUAUAGGUGAAGCAGUUGGCAAUGCUAAGCAGCAGGUCCAGGUCUUGGAAUGCCAUGAGAUCUUGAUAAGAGAAAUAUAAAUGUAUAUCAGUAAUAUAUAUUUUUUUCA